CCGGUUUAAAGCCAGUCUGAACAGGUUUCACUCAAACUGCGUCUGCACAGUUUGGUUUAGAUUUUGGUUUAUUUUGUUGUAACUCCAAAAUGCUGCUGAAGCUCUAGAGGAGAUGCAUUGGAUUACUGGAGAAAAUCUGAGAUGUCUUUGCUGACAAGGACAAACGAUUGAAUUAAUUUCUCAUAGUCGAAAUCCUAAGCUGUAAACAUGGAGCGUAUGGAGCUGAAGAAAGUGAGCACGGAGGCGGACGAUGAAAGCAGUGUGGACGAACGCUUCUCGCCCAUCGAUUCAGAGAAGGCCACUAUUAACGGCUCACUUCUGGAUGAGGACGACACAGAGAGUCAGAAGUUUCUCACCAAUGGCAUCUUGAAGAAGAAGAAAUACGAGGAAGAAGAACAUCACCCGGGUCACACGUCGUUUGGGAUGUCCGUCUUUAACCUCAGUAACGCCAUCAUGGGCAGUGGAAUUCUGGGAUUGUCUUUCGCUAUGGCCAACACUGGCAUCAUACUGUUUGUCAUUCUCCUGUUUGGAGUCGCUAUCCUGUCGCUGUACUCUGUUCAUCUGUUACUAGUGACGGCCAAAGAAGGAGGCUCGCUGAUCUACGAGAAGCUCGGGGAAAGAGCGUUUGGAUGGCCGGGAAAAAUGGCAGCUUUUGGGUCAAUAACUCUGCAGAAUAUCGGAGCCAUGUCCAGCUACCUGUUCAUAGUCAAAUACGAGCUGCCGGAGGUGAUUCGAGCGUUUCUGGGGCUGGAGGAGAACUCUGGUGAGUGGUAUCUGAACGGGAACUACGCUGUGGUGUUGGUGUCCGUCUGCAUCAUUCUGCCGCUGUCUCUGCUGAAGAACCUGGGGUAUCUGGGCUACACCAGCGGCUUCUCUCUCUCAUGUAUGGUGUUCUUCCUCGGAGUGCUGAUCUAUAAGAAGACGAUCCUGCCGUGUCCUCUGCCGUUCUUCUUCCAGAACGGCUCGGACGCUCUGGGUCUGUACUCGCUGCACAACGCCUCGACGCUGACCUCUUUAUCAGCAGUGAACGCUCCUCACCCGGAUCCUCACGCACCGCUCCACAGCGCCGUCCAGGUCACGCCUCGCCCCGAGGACACCGAGGACAUGUGCACGCCCAAAUACUUUGUGUUCAACUCACAGACCGCGUACACCGUUCCCAUCCUCGCCUUCGCCUUCGUCUGUCAUCCUGAAGUUCUGCCCAUCUACAGCGAACUCAAAGAUCGCUCUCGGAGGAAGAUGCAGAAGGUAUCGAACCUGUCCAUCCUGGCGAUGCUGGUGAUGUACCUGCUCUCCGCUCUCUUCGGUUACAUGACGUUUUAUGAUCAUGUGGAGGCAGAGCUGCUUCACACCUUCACAAAGGUCUACAAGUUUGACACGAUGCUUCUUCUGGUGCGUCUGGCCGUGCUGACGGCGGUGACGCUGACCGUUCCCAUUGUGCUGUUCCCUAUCCGUUCUUCAGUCAUCACAAUGUGUUUCGCUGGAAAAGAGUUCAGCUGGAUCCGACACUUGCUCAUCGCCGCUGCGAUACUGGCCUUCAACAACCUCCUGGUGAUCUUCGUCCCCACCAUCAGAGACAUCUUCGGCUUCAUCGGAUCGUCUGCAGCCACCAUGCUCAUCUUCAUCCUCCCGGCCGCCUUUUACCUGCGGCUCGUCAAGAGUUUACCCUUCAGAUCGCCGCAGAAAAUAUCUGCAGCCGUUUUCCUGGUGGUGGGUAUCUUCUUCAUGAUCGGCAGCUUGUCUCUGAUCGUCUUGGACUGGAUUCACAACCCGCCGGGUUCAAAAGGAGCUCAUUAAAGCUCCGGCGGUCGUCUGCUGAAGCCGUUUCAUCCCAGAGACUCGGACGAACCCUGCGCCUCUACCUCGCUCUCGUUCACGUCUGAACGUCUCCCAGCUCUCACAUCCCCGCCGGGUUCACGAGACUCGCUCAUCACCAAAGAUGAAGAGAAAGAGAGAGAGAGAGAGAGAGAGUGAAGAAGGGUUCAUCAAAUAAGCACUUGAGGAUUUUUAUCAAGACAUGCCAACAAUCACCUUUUCUUCCUGUUUGCCUUCAUUAGCUGGUCCUAGAUGGUUAGUUAGUUAGUUAGUUUGGUUUAGUUAGUCACGUAUGCUGAGGAAGAUCUUCCACAAACAAAAUGAAGACAAGUAAACGGUGCUGAUUUCCAUUUCACUUGAAUCAGAUUUCCUCUUUGAGAGGGGGAAAAAGUUCCCAUAAGUGCAUUUUUGUAUUAAAAUGAAGUACAGUUGGUCCACAAAAGCUCCGCUUUUUCCUCUCAAACUGAUCCACAAGCAUCGAUUAGAAGAUUUUGAGCGGGUCAGUUCCUCUCAAGAUGAUAUUUAACCACGCCAAACGUUUCUGACUCAUUAUUAAUCAGCGUUUCGUCAUCGCACACCGGUCCGGACCUGACCGCUGGGCUUGGCUUUCCACGAUCUGUUUCCUGUGGAGAUCUGUGCCUUCUUCCUGUGCCUCGCCAGAGAGAAACCUGAAGGUUUACUGAAGCCUGUCUCUCUGCAUGCGCCGAAGUGGACCAUAUUUAAAGAUCAUGUGGUGAUCUAUCUACUCAUAGAGCAAGUGAAUAUUUCAGAUGUUACGGUUAUGAUAUUUUUGCAUGUGUUAAAUCAGAAACAUGGUGUUUUUUUGGACGUUGUAUAUGGUUUGUAAAUAGUGUGCUCGAUGAUGGACGCUGGAAGAGACGGACACAUGAGAGAGUUGUAGUAUUAUAUUUAGAUGUCGGUGCCAUCUUUUGUAAAUCUGUAGAAAAGCCGUUGUAUUUCUUUUGUGCCUUCUUGGUGGUUUUUAUGAUGAACUGAAUAAUGGAGUUGUGUGGGGUUUUUCUUUCUUUCUUUUUUGUAUGUUGUUUGAUUAGUUAACGGCUGAAAUGGUACACAGAGACGCACGUUUGACAUCGAGAAUGUGCUUGAAAACCUUCAGAUUAGUCUUCCACCGUUUACCUCUGCAAACCACAGACCGGAUGUGUUCAUAAGUGCCAUUUAUUUAUGAAUCUUAAAGUCGACGUGAAAUCAGAACAGACCUUGUUUGCUUUCUUAAUAACACUUCAAAUCCUGUUGGUUCAUGUAUUAACUAAAUGUAAGAAAUACAUUUAUUUCAUUGUUAUUAAAGUAUUUAUGUUUAUUUUUUGAACGGCAUUUUUUUUCUUUUUCUGGCCAAAAUGUAUUUUAAAUAUAUGUUGUAAACAGUGAUGUUAAAAGAAGUGUAUUUUGUUCAAUUAAAAACAAAACUCAAAUUUA